CAUAAAAGCAGUAUUGCUUCCCCACUUCUUUUUCUCAUUGAAUUUACUUAAAAUAUAUAAUAGAGUACUUUAUUAAUCUUCAACUCCAGUUUCUCACCGAAGAGAUCUUGAAAUUCUUGAAUAGCCCAUACUAUAAAACCUUGAUUUUCUUGAUCAAGAUUGCAUCUUUUUACAAAAUCCUUUAAAACCCACAAAUCUUUCAAUGUUUACUACAAAACCCACUUCAAGAUUCAUCUAUCUCACUGUAAUUCUACUAAUUUCACUCACUUUCUUGAUUCAUUCAAUACACAGUAGUAAUGAACAAGAAGAAGAUUUUGAUGACAUUGAAGAUCUUUUAGCAUUAGACCAAGAAGAAGAGGAAUUACAUAAAUCAUCAUUAUCAUCUGAAGCAGAAGUAUUAACAAAAGCUCAAAGAAUAGUAGUGGAGCUUAAUAAUGAUAAUACAAAAAAGAUAAUUGAUGAAAAUGAGUAUGUUUUGGUAUUAGGAUAUGCACCUUGGUGUGUUAGAAGUGCUGAACUGAUGCCUAGAUUUGCUGAAGCCGCUAGCUUUUUGAAAGAAUUGAAAGGUGGUUCAGUUUUGAUGGCUAAGAUUGAUGCUGAAAGAUAUCCUAAAGUUGCUUCUAGUCUUGGAAUUAAAGGCUAUCCUACUUUGCUGUUUUUUGUUAAUGGCACUUCUCAACCUUAUACUGGUGGAUUUUCUUGGGAAGAAAUCGUAUUAUGGGUGAGAAAGAAGACGGGUACACCCAUUAUCAGAAUCAACUCUAUUGAUGAAGCAAACAAUUUCCUUCAGAAGCAUUCUAUGUUUGCAGUUGGCCUAUUUGAUAAAUUUGAGGGACCUAAUUAUGAAGAGUUUGUAGAGGCAGCAGCUACCGACAAUGAGAUUCAGUUUGUUGAGACAAGCAACCCAGAAAUUGCCAAUACUUUAUAUCCAGAUGUUAAGUCUAGUAAACUGUUUCUUGGAAUAGUGAAAAGUGAGCCCGAAAGAUAUACUUCGUAUGAAGAUGCUUUCGAGAAGGAUAAGAUUCUUCGGUUUUUGAGCGAUAACAAAUUCCCAUUGGUCACUUUUCUCACUGAAGUGAAUUCUGUCAAAGUUUAUGCCAGUGAUAAAUUUCAGGUCUAUGUCUUCGCAGAAGCCGAUAAUUUCAAGAAAUUACUAGAGCCAUUUCAAGAUGCUGGCAGGAAGUUCAAAUCAAAGAUAAUGUUUGUAUUUGUGGACACUAAAGACGACAAUCUUGCAAAGCCUUUCCUAACUUUAUUCGGGCUUGAAGAUUCAGAAGACACUCUUGUUACUGCUUUUGAUUACAAAACUGGCACCAAGUAUUUGUUAGAGUCAGAUCCAACACCCACAAGAAUAGAAGAGUUCUGCUCGGGGCUUUUAAAGGGAUCUCUGCCCCAAUUCUACAAGUCACAAGCAAUCCCAGAUAAUAAAGGCGCAGAAAUUCUGACAAUUGUUGGAAAGACUUUUGAUGACUUGGUUCUAAGCGAUUCCAAAAACAUCAUUCUAGAGGUACACACACCAUGGUGUUUGAACUGUGAAACUACAAGCAAACAAGUGGAGAAGUUGGCAAAGCACUUUAAAGGAUUGGAAAAUCUGGUUUUUGCAAGGAUAGAUGCUUCUGUAAAUGAACACCCAAAAUUGGUGGUGGAGGACUAUCCAGCACUUCUGUUCUACCCAGUGAGCAACAAGUCGAACCCAAUAAAGCUGUCAACAAAAUCUAGCUCGAAGGACUUGGCAAUACAAAUCAACAAGCAUUUAAAAGCACAUGCACAUGAUGCGGAGCAUUUGGCUAAAGACGAGCUUUAGAUUAAACAGGAUGAUAUUAUAGACUGCUUGAGGGUUAUAAAGAUAAUUUCUGGAAACCCAAAACCAUGGAGGGGGUUACCAUCUUAUAUUACACGAUUAUCAACUAUUGACACUUCACAUGUAUAACCAACUACAGAUUAGUUUUGAGCUUGAACCUAAAAGGUUUGGUGGCCAACUUUUCUUGUGUUAAUGUGUGUGUAAGUAUUAUAAUACAAUUUUUUACAAUCAUAAAACGUUUUAUUA